CGCGUGAUUGGCAAUGGAGAAGAAAACCGUGGUGGCUGAGGACGAUAGGGACCCGUACGGCCACCCUCGAGUGCCGUACCGCGGUCACUACGAUCGACGACGCUGCGACCUGCGGAGGGGCUGGGUUGAGCGGUUUGCAUCGUGCAGUCUGGAGCACGUCGGCGGCUGGUGGGACGGAGAGGGAGAAGACGACUCCCGCUCUUGCUUUGGACUCAAGGGUAACAUAGAGAAUCCUAUUGGCCUCGCAAAGAUUCCCCUGGCCGCUGCCGGACCGCUUCUCGUCCGGGGACGCAACGUGAAUGGCUACGUUUUGGUUCCCUGCGCCACUACGGAAGGCGCUCUUGUUGCGUCCAUAACCCGUGGGGCAGCAGCACUCACCAGGGCCGGCGGCGUGUUCACCCUACCUUCGGAGAAGUACAUGAAUCGCGCACCGUGUUUCGUGUGCAGGAACGCUGCAGAGUCGGAGCAAGUGUGGCAGUGGCUCGUCAAACACAAGGAAAACCUACAGGAACAAGUUCGCCAGUACAGCCAGCACACAGUCCUGGAGAGUUUGAUGCCAUUUCGUCAGGGUCGGACCCUUGUGGUUCGCUUCAACUUCACCACGGGUGACGCUUCUGGGCAAAACAUGGUCACAACUGCCACCUGGCACGUCUGCAAGUGGGCCCUGGAACAGAUCAAGAAGGACCUACCAGACGUCUGUGUGACUGACUUUAUCGUGGAGUCAUCAGCUUCUGGGGACAAGCAGAGUGCAGCCUCGAUGCUGGUCCUUCCUCGAGGUGUCCACGUACAGGCUGAAGCCUGGAUACCUGAGUCGGUACUACAGUCUACACUCAAGGUGGAUUUGCAAGCAUUUUUGGCGACAUACAACCGAAUGCAAGAAGGCCAGGUGCAGCUAGGUGCUCUGGGGUCGACCAUCAAUGUGGGGAACCUUCUUGCUGCAGUGUUCAUUGCCACUGGUCAAGACCCUGCCUCCAUCACCGAGUGUGCUCACGGCCUUCUCAUAGUUAGACCUGCCACAAAGCAAGAGAUUGAAACACAAGGUAUGACACGGGGAGAUCCUCGUGUUGGUGUCGGUGAAGGAGUGACGUAUUCUGGAGUGUAUGCGUCCCUGAUUCUGCCAGGAUUGGUGAUAGGAACAGUAGGUGGAGGAACUCAGCUGGCCACGCAAAAAGAGUGUCUCUCUAUGAUGGGAUGCUACGGCAAGGAUGGAGUCUUCAGAUUGGCAGAGAUCAUUGCUGGGUUUGCUCUGGGUCUGGAUCUCUCCCUCAUUUCAGCCAUCGCCAGUGGACAGUUUGCGACUGCUCACGAGAAGCUCGGUCGAAACAGACCUACAAGUGGUCUAAGGGAGGAGCACCUGGUGCCACAGUUGUUCCAAGACAUAGUGGGAGAGAGGGGUACAGUGGAGAACUGGACUUCAUUCGGUGUGAAUACAGGCAACAGUAUACUCUCUGAGCUAACAAAGAGAGAGCUGAGCAAGAAAGUGGGUCACUUUGGAUUCAAGGUCACCUACAGAACCAGGGAUGCAAGUCCAGACAGACUCCAGUGGUCCUGAAAUCAAAGCCGACAGAUAUUGAAGUGUGCAACAUGGUCAACAAGAUGGCCCAGGCUUGUGGACUUAGCCUUGCUGUGCAGUACGAGAAAUUCAAGAUGAACACUGAUUUCAGAUUUUGCAGUCGACGAGAGGUGGAGCUGUGUCGACUCGAUAAUCCAGUGUUGAGGCAGUUCAUGCCAACUGUCUACCACACACUGAUGGAUGAGAGAAAGGAUUUGUAUGUGGUGGCAAUGGAGUAUUUGUCACAGGAGAAUGUGUGUCUGCUAAACACAAUUGACGAUGUGUCAGUGUGGACAACCAAUGACAUAAAGGUGGUGCUACGUGAUCUAGCCCACCUCCACUCGCUCUAUCUGGGUCAGCACGAGUGGCUGAGCUCCCAGCCCUGGCUGGAGAGGGUGAGGCUGCAGGAGAUGGUGCAAAUGACUCCGCUCUGGAGGGAACUGGCCUCUCAUUCUCACCGAGAGUUUCCAAACUUCUGGUCCAGUCAUCGAGUGGCUAUUGUGAACAGAGCAAUUGAGAAUCUCCCACUCGUUUGGGCGUUGUUUGAGUCAACACCUCACACUCUGGUUCAUAAUGACUGCAGCCCGCGCAACAUAUGUCUCCGGCACCCCACGAAACACUCCUCCUCUACCUCUUCUUCUUUGUCUUCUUCUACCACCUGGUCUCUCUCCUCCUCCUCUUCCUCUUCCUCCCCCUCAUCCUCCUCGACACUACCCGGUCCGAUUAACCAAGGCUCAUUCACAGGCUCCAUUCCGUUCCAAGAUCCUCGGACUCUGUGUUUGUAUGACUGGGAACUGGCCACUGUAGGAGUGGCUCAAUAUGACGUCGCUGAGCUCCUCUGCUUCACUCUCGAACCUUCCACACCACCUCACGUCUGGCUGAGCCUGCUGGAGUUUCAUCGCCAACACUUGGAGUAUUACUCCGGAGUGAAAUUCCCCCCGAAAAAAUAUGUGGACGUGUUUCACGGGUGUCUAUUUCACUUUGCCAUGAAGAGACUGGCCCUCCAUACUAUGGCCCACACACACAAAGACUAUCGCUAUCUCCCCAGAGUGGUAAACACUCUCUUCUCAUUCCUGGAGGAGCAGAUGAAACAAUCAGACUUCAGCCCCUCCUUCUCCUGCACCACCCAAUCAAAAUUAUAAUGGCUUGCACCACCUAAUUAGAAAUUACCAAUAUUGAUUUUACAAUUUCUAAUUCUGUUUCGUGUUUGAUCACUUAGGUUAUUAUAAGAGUAGAUAUUACUGCC